AUGGCUGCUGUCAAGAACACCGCUAAGACCUUCAAGCUCAACACGGGCGACUCUAUGCCCGCAAUCGGCCUGGGCACAUGGCAAUCACCGCCAGGCCAGGUCGAGAAGGCCGUCGAGGCGGCCCUGAGGGCGGGGUACCGGCACAUUGACACGGCGCUGGCGUACGGCAAUGAGAAGGAAGUCGGUGCCGGCAUCCGCGCAUCUGGGGUGCCGCGGGAGGAGAUCUGGCUCACCACCAAGCUGGACAACACAUGGCACAAGGACGUGACCAAGGGGAUCGACAGCUCCCUUGAGAGCCUCGGCACGAGCUAUGUUGAUCUCUACCUCAUGCACUGGCCUUCCAGCACCGAUCCCAACGACACCAAGAAGCACUAUCCCGACUGGGACUUUGUCGAUACCUGGCGGGAGAUGCAGAAGUUGGUUGGCACCGGCAAGGUCAAGAACAUUGGUGUCAGCAACUUUGGGAUUAAGAACCUCGAGAGGCUGCUGAACGAUCCAAGCUGCAAGAUUGUCCCGGCUGUCAACCAGAUCGAGCUUCACCCGGGGAACCCGUCGCCUAAGCUGGUUGCGUACUGCAAGGAGAAGGGCAUCCAUUGCUCGGGAUACUCGCCACUCGGCAGCAGUGAAUCGCCGCUGUACAGCAAUGAGACGAUCGCGUCCAUUGCAAAGGCCAAGAACCGCAGUGCGCAGCAGGUUCUGCUCAUGUGGGGUUUGCAGAAGGGAUGGAGCGUUCUUCCGAAGAGUGUCACGGAAUCGCGGAUCAAGGCGAACUUUGACCUGGAUGGCUGGAGCUUGACUGACGAGGAGGUGGCUAAGAUUGAUGCGAUCCCGGAUCGCUUCAAGGUUUGUGGUGACGCCUGGCUGCCGGUCAAGGUGUUCUUCGGGGACGACGAGUGA